UCAAAGCUUGCGUAGACGAAUUAUCUGUCUUCGUCUUCCCAAGCUGGCACACGUAACAACACAAACAAAACAAAUAUUUCCCGCAGAGAAUAAAAAUACAAAAAAAAAAAAAAAAACAGAGACUCUGUUCCCUCUGUCUCUCCAACCAUGUCUUUCACGGCCAUCAUCUCGCUCUUUCUCCUCCUUUCGUGUUUCUCCACGGCAUCAACUACCGCCGUCAGUGAUGAUUUAACGGCCUACGAUAUCCUCCAGGACUACGACUUCCCCGCCGGAAUUCUUCCGAAGGGGGUCACCGGCUACCAAGUAGACCGAACCACAGGUAGAUUCUACGCUUAUCUGAACGGUUCCUGCAGCUUUUCUCUGGAGGGCUCUUACGAGUUGAGUUACAAGUCCACGAUCAGUGGCUAUAUUUCCAAGGACAGGCUCACGCAGCUUACCGGCGUAAGCGUGAAGAUUCUCUUUUUCUGGCUCAACAUUGUGGAGGUGGUCAGGAGUGGAGACGAGAUGGAGUUCUCGGUAGGGAUCGCGUCUGCGAACUUCCCGAUUGAUAAUUUCUACGAGUCUCCGCAGUGUGGCUGUGGAUUGGUUUGCGAUAAUGCGCAAGUAAGCAAGCUUAGAACCAGAUCCUUUGUUUCUUCAAUUUAGGGAAUUGAGAUUCAAAUGCUGUGUAUGUUUUGAUAAAUCCGUAUUAUUGGGUGUUCUUAAUUUGGGAUUAAACUUCGAAUCUUGCUUUAUCUGCUUAAAGUGCUGAAAAUUUAUAUAACUUUUUUAGCUUUUGUUGAAAUA